AUGGCAAAGAAGAUCGCCGAAGACUCAGACUCUUCCCUGUCUCCGGCCCCAGAGGAAGUGACAGCUCCCGAGGCUGUCAAGGCUGCGGCCAAUGGCAAGAAGCGCAAAGCCGAACCCAUCGUCACGACUACAGCGAAACCCACAAAGCGCACCAAGAAAGCUCCUGCAGAGGUCAAGGAGGACGAAGAGGUAGCAGCUGAGACACCUCGCAAGAAGCGUGCUGCCGCCAGCAAAGUGAAGUACGAAGAAAGUGCAGACGAGGAUGAGAGUGCAAACAAGACUGUAACUGUAGUCGAGAAGACCGUCAAGAAGAGGGCCCCCCGUGCGAAGAAGAGCAAGGAGCCAGAGGCACCGCUUGAAGAGCGCACUGUCGACACCAAACUUCGCAUUGGCGCCCACGUCAGUGUCGCUGGAGGGGUUCAUAAUGCCAUUAAUAAUGUAUUGCACAUAGGUGCCAAUGCAUUCGCCAUGUUCAUGAAGAACCAGCGCAAGUGGGAGAACCCGGAUAUGGACCCAGCACACGCCACGCUCUUUAUCGACGGCUGCAAAGCCCACAACAUCGACGUUGCGCACUCCUGCCUCCCCCACGGCUCUUACCUCGUCAACCUCGCGCACCCGGACGCCGAGCGCAAAAAACAAGCCUACGACUGCUUCCAAAACGACCUCGUUCGCUGCCACACCCUCGGCAUCAAGUUGUACAACUUCCACCCGGGCAACGCCAACGCCACAACCCGCGAGGAAGGCAUCCGCCUGAUCGCCGCGAACCUGAACCAAGCCCACGCCGACCCUGCCACGGGCGCCGUCAUCACGGUCCUCGAAACCAUGGCAUCGCAGGGCAACACGAUCGGCGGCACGUUCGAGGACCUGGCGGCCAUCAUCGCGCUCGUGCACGACAAAUCCCGCGUCGGCGUGUGCCUCGACACGUGCCACGUGUUCGCCGCGGGCUACGACCUGCGCUCGCCCGCCAGCUACGCCGCGGUGCUGCAGCAGUUCGACGACACCAUCGGCCUGCACUAUCUGCGCGCGCUGCACGUCAACGACUCCAAGGCGCCGCUGGCGAGCUACCGCGACCUGCACGCGCGCCUGGGCACGGGGUACCUGGGGCUCCGCGCGUUCCACAACCUGGUCAACGACGCGCGGAUGCACGGGCUGCCGAUGGUGUUGGAGACGCCUGCGGAGCGGGUGGACGCGAGUGGGAAGAAGGUCGAGGACAAGGGGGUGUGGGCGCGCGAGAUCAAGAUGCUGGAGCGGCUGGUGGGGAUGGAUGUUGAGAGCGAGGAGUUUUUGGAGCUGGAGAAGGGUUUGUUUGAGGAGGGGGUGGGCGAGAGGGAGAGGGUUGGCGGGCAGGUGGAGCGGAAGAAGGAGAAGGAUGCUAAGCCGAAGGCGGUGCGGAAGAAGAAAGAGGAUGUGGAGUUGAAGACGGAGGAUGUGGAUGCGGAGGAGGAUGUAAAGCCGAAGAGAGCUGCGCCGAAGAGGAAGGCUGCGGCUAAGAAGAAGGUCGAGAGCGAGGAGGAGGAUGACGAGGAGUGA